UUUGUUCCAACUAGCCGGACGGUGACAGACUAAAUAAAAAAAUUCCAUCAGGCAUGUCAAAUAAUCAGAUGGUUGACUCAUGUCUGCUUGUAAAUCGAAGAAUAGAGCAGAGACAAGAGCACAACAUAACACGUAUCGAAAUAAAACAGAGUGGCCCAAGUGAGUCAGAUUAUCAUACUAGCAAUGGACAACCGGAAACCCAUUCCGUGCACUCAUCUCAGUUAUCAGUACAAGAUGAUCCCUUAGGCGUGAGAGGGCAUAAUCAACAAACAUCUCAACAUAUGACGUCUGUUACUAAAGUUAUUCGAGAAGUAUCACACGUAGCUUCAGAAGCAGGUGGAGUUAAUUAUAUUCCCGUACCAUUAAUGUCACAAGACUAUUCUCAUGGAAAUCCUUGCUACGCGGCAGACCCAUAUAUGGUGAAUUUUGAACACUAUGAUCCUUACGUUGGAUAUAAUUCUCAGUCAGAUUAUCCACCACAUAGCACAUAUGCAUCGGAUUCACGUUCACCCCAUAGUCCACACAGUCCAUCGGAACAUAGCCGUACAACACCACCGCAUGAAUACAUGCGAAAAGGAUCUACAUAUGUCGACGGCGGAUACAAUGAUAUGGGACCUGUACUUAAUCCCACGUUACAAGAUCAUUAUCGAAUAACACCAAGUCCAGGUGGUCCAGGUGACCAGUAUGAUGAAAAUAAAUUGGCGUAUGGUUAUGUAUCACCAUCGCCCUAUGGACCAGUAUCUUAUGGGCCCAAUAUUGGAGUCGUACCAGUACCAUUAGUAAGUGAUGGGCCGUCUUACGAUGACUCUCAUCCUGUUACACUGCCUGGAAACUUAGCUCCAGGAAUAUUUGAAGAUGAUGUGCAUCUUCAGCGACUACAAACUCGUCACUCAGUACCAGGAAUGGUUAGCCCUUUGGGUGAUGAUCCAAAGUCAAUGCGUUGGAGAGAUCCAAACCUUUCAGAAGUUAUCGGUUUUCUAAGUAAUCCAAACAACGUAAUAAAAGCUAAUGCUGCUGCAUAUCUUCAACAUCUUUGUUACAUGGAUGAUCCGAACAAACAAAAAACACGAAACUUGGGUGGCAUUCCUCCAUUAGUGCAGUUAUUAGAUAAUGAAAGCCCUGAUGUAUACCGAAACGCAUGUGGGGCAUUACGAAAUUUGUCAUAUGGCCGUCAAAAUGAUGAAAAUAAACGUGCCAUUAAGAAUGCCGGUGGUGUACCAGCGCUAAUUAGUUUAUUGCGCAAAACUUCCGAUGCAGAAAUAAAGGAAUUAGUGACAGGCGUACUUUGGAAUUUAUCAUCAUGUGAAGAUUUAAAGAAAGCGAUUAUUGAUGAUGGUGUUACUCUUGUAGUUAACAACAUUAUAAUUCCUCACAGUGGGUGGGAUCCAAGUGCUUCCAAUGGUGAAACUUGUUGGUCAACAGUAUUUAGAAACGCAUCUGGAGUCCUAAGAAAUAUAUCUAGUGCUGGUGAAUAUGCACGGAAAAAAUUACGUGAAUGUGACGGCCUCGUCGAUGCUCUUUUAUAUGUUGUACGAUGUGCAAUUGAAAAAUCAAAUAUCGGAAAUAAAAUCGUCGAAAAUUGUGUCUGUAUUUUAAGAAACUUAAGCUAUCGAUGUCAAGAAGUUGAAGAUCCUAAUUAUGAUAAGCAUCCAAUCCAGUCGAUUGUCCAGAAUCGUAUAACAGCUCCUGUAAAAGGUGAAAACUUGGGUUGUUUUGGUGGAAGUAAAAGAAGAAAAGAUGGGCAACCACCACAAAAGGAAGUAACAACAUCUAAGUCAGUCAGCGCUCGAACUGAACCGAUUAAAGGAAUGGAACUUUUAUGGCAACCUGAAGUAGUUCAAUGUUAUCUCAGUCUCUUACAAACUUGCUCAAAUCCUGAAACCUUAGAAGCAGCUGCUGGAGCUCUACAAAAUCUUGCUGCAUGUUAUUGGCAACCAAGUAUUGAGAUCCGUGCAGCUGUAAGAAAAGAAAAAGGCCUACCGAUUUUAGUUGAGUUACUGCGAAUGGAGGUCGAUCGUGUAGUAUGUGCAGUAGCCACUGCUCUUAGAAACCUUGCUAUUGAUCAACGUAAUAAAGAAUUAAUUGGAAAAUAUGCUAUGAGAGAUUUGAUUCAAAAACUACCAUCUGGUAAUAAUCAGCAUGAUCAAGGAACAAGUGAUGAUACAAUCGCUGCUGUACUUGCAACAUUGAAUGAAGUUAUUAAACGAAACGCUGAAUUUUCAAGAUCACUAUUGGAUGCUGGUGGCGUUGAAAGAUUGAUGAAUAUUACAAAGCAGCGUCAAAAAUACACUGCUCGUGUUUUGAAAUUCGCUGGUCAAGUAUUAUUUACAAUGUGGCAGCAUACUGAGUUACGAGAAGUCUAUAAGAAACACGGCUGGAAGGAAGCUGACUUUGUAACUAAAACCGUUGCAGCGCGGAAUUCAGGGCUUAAUUCUCCAAGUAAUGCUAACAGUUAUGAUUUCAGCACAUUAAACCGACCAAUGGCGAGCCAGGGAAGUACAAGAUAUGAAGAUCGAACUAUGCAAAGAUCAAAUGUCAAUUCAAAUAAUGUUGGGUGGCAAGCAGCUUAUCAACCGGUAAAUAUAACUUUUUAA